AUAUUUCCGUGAUUAAAGGUCCCGACUACUAUAGAUUUGAGUGAGCGACGCAAGGUUUAUUUGUUUCCAGCAAACGAUUUUCAUCAGGACAAUGAACUUGAAACUGACUGCUUCCUCUAAACAUGAGCAGUUGGUGAAUGAGUUGCGAAGUGACAUGGAGAAAAACUUGGUGCCUGAGCUUCAUCCUAACCAGUGUUGUAUUUAUAGGGUACUUAAAGAUAUUCGUAAAGUAAAUGAACAAGCCUACACUUCCCAAAUGGUUUCAAUAGGUCCUCUUCACCAUAGAAAAAAAGAAUUGGUUAAAAUGGAAAAAAAAAAAAGAAGCUAUAUGAAAAGUUUUCUUGAAGAAAGAAUAAAUAUUGAGAAACAAGAUAACCUUUUUAGCUUUGUCCAGAACAAUGAAAAUAUAAUACGUAAUUGCUAUGCAGAGACAUCUAACCUUAACAAUUAUGAUUUCAUAAUGAUGAUUUUAUAUGAUGCUAUCUUCAUUAUAGAAUUAUUCAUGAGGAAUUUUGAACGAACAAGUGAUUCAAUUUUAUCAACAACAACUAUAAGAAUUGCUUUAACGUCCGAUUUGGAAUUACUUGAGAAUCAACUUCUAUUCUUUGUCCUUGAAGAAAUAUAUAAGUUAACUUUUUGUUUUAACAUGCCUACCUUCAUGGAUAUUUCUGGUUGUUUCUUUGGAUCUUUUAAGAAUUUGGAAUUGAUUGAAUUAAAUCCCCGAUUUCGGGUAAAACAUUUCACUGAUUGGAGAAGAUGUACUCUACUAAAAAAGUAUCCAAGAUCAGAUCAAAAUUAUGAAUAUAUUCCUGAUUUACCAUGUGCAAUGAAGCUCCAUGAGUCCGGAGUGAAGUUUCAGAAAACUGAAAGGGUAAAGUUUGAAAAGCACAAACAUGAGUUGCAACUACCACAAUUAGAAAUAGCGGAUGGGGUUGAAUGUCUACUUAGAAAUGUUAUGGCUUUGGAGCAGUACCAUUAUCCAAAUGAUACUCAUAUUUGCAAUUACAUUCAACUGAUGGAUCGUCUUAUCGAUACUACGAAGGAUGUGGAUUUGCUUGUUGAAAGUGAAAUUAUUUCCAACUCAAUAGGUGACAAUUCUUCAAUAGCAAAAAUAUUUAACAAACUUGGUCGAAAUAUCAGUUUAAGCCCAUCCUCUUACUAUAACAUGUGCCAAGAGCUUAAAAAACAUUGUGAGGAUCCUUGGAACAGAAAGAUGGCAACGUUAAGAAGAGUUUAUUUCAGCAACCUGUGGAGAGGCACUGGAACUAUUGCGGGAGUUCUACUUCUACUUCUCACUGUCAUACAGACCAUAUGUUCUAUCUUACAACUCAUGUAAUUUUCAUUUAUGCCUGUACUCGCCUUUCAUUUCAGUUGUUUCGGUCUGAAUAAUAAUUAUAAGCUUAAGUGUAAUUUUUAUUUA